UUUGGUUAAUAAACAGAAGGCAGAGGCCUAGGUCGACGUGGCUCGUAGUUUUUGGCUCUCCGGAAAGCGAUAUUUCUUCUGCAAAGAUCUCCUGUUUGUUAUUGAGUGAUACGUUACCUCACAUUACUGGAGAAGGCAACAUUUGACAAGACAUCAUCUUGAGUGAAUACAACCUGUUUUGCUGGUUCUCCGUGCAAGUCUGAUUGAAAUAACACCCAUGGACAAUUUGUGGCCGAGUACACACAGUAUUCACUCAAAUCGUGUGCCUGAUAUGGACAUAUUUGGAGUCAGCUCACCUCAGAAUCUAAAAGACGGUCUGAUACCCAUACUGGUUGCUGAGGUUUUCUGAGUGCUGUAGUUGGGUUACCAGACGCUAGUCAGGAUGCCGUAUACUGAGAUCCACCAUGAUAUUCAUGAGUUGCACACCCAUCGUGCAGGACGGUGGUAUUUUGGUGGGCUGGCCUCGGCUACAGCUUGCUGCUUCACUCAUCCUCUAGAUCUUAUCAAGGUUCACUUGCAGACUCAGCAGAGAGUGAAGUACAAGGCCAGUGGAAUGGCAGUGCACAUUUACCGCACCCAGGGAGGCUUAGCUCUGUACAAUGGGCUCAGUGCAUCCAUUUGCAGACAGAUGAGCUACUCCUUGACGAGGUUUGGUUUAUAUGAGACAAUCAAAGGCUGGAUGACAGCUGAUGAUCCCUCCACACCUCUGCCGUUCUAUCAGAAGGUCAUGAUUGCAGCUGGGGCAGGAGCGUGCGGUGGUCUUGUCGGUGCGCCAGCAGACAUGAUCAACGUUAGAAUGCAGAACGACAUCAAGCUAGCAGCAGACAAACGAAGGAACUACAAGCAUGCAUUUGAUGGGCUGUGGAAAGUCUAUCGAUAUGAGGGUUUCAGAAACUUGUUCAAUGGAGCGUCGAUGGCUACAGUAAGAGCCAUCCUCAUGACGGUGGGCCAGCUGUCCCUGUAUGACCAGUUCAAGCAAACUCUCCUAACUACCUCCUUCUUCAACGAUAACAUCAUCACGCAUUUCACAGCAAGCAUUAUGGCUGGCUUCUGUGCAACUCUGUUGACACAGCCUACAGAUGUAAUGAAGACCAGACUAAUGAAUGCCCCACCAGGCCAGUACAAGAACAUGAUGGAUUGUUUCGUGACGACAGCCAAAGUCGGCCCGUUAGGAUUCUACAAAGGUUUCGUCCCAGCGUUUGUUCGCCUGGCGCCCCACACGAUACUCACCUUCAUCUUCUUUGAGCAACUCAGACUCCACUUUGGUAUUGUCAUCUACAUCAACAAUAACCACAAAAGCUAGAGCAUCAGGGGUAACGCUAACUAAAGGGUCUUGAAAAAUGCUCGUCCAUUCCCUGUGCUGUUGAAUAUACGCUAUGUCUAUAUGCUUCGAACAAUGCGCCAAAUGUUUCAACUUCUUGCACACAAAAGUAGCAUAAGGUAUGCUUGCAUCUUGUUAGUGUACAAAGAUAAAUUUGCCAAAUGGUUUGGGUAGGCCUACUAGCUGUUCAAAAAUAUUGAACUUCUUUUUUCUUCAACUUGUUUUUUUUUUUUUCAACUCUAGAAAAUCCAGGAUUUAUGACGUUCCUUGAAGGACACUGAUAAAGAAUCUAGACAAAGUAGUGUGCAAGAGUUCAAACUAAAUUCCAUAUUCCAUGAGCCUAUACUUGAACAUACAGAGGUUAUUAUGUCGGGACUAAAAAAAACUUAUUUUUAGGAGACUGGGAGAUUUUGGGACUCGGACUCAAUUUCACUGCCAGUGAAUACUGAAUGACCACAAUUUGAUUCCUAAGAAUAUACAGGGUUCACCAUUGGCAAUACAGUCAACUUUUUGUAUUGAAGAAUAUGAAUAUUUGUAUACAAAUAUAAGAAUAUCGAUGAACUGAAAAAAAUUUAGUGGCAGAAGCGAACUGAGAUAUUUUCCAUUUGUAAGAUCUUUGGUCCUACUGUUAUUGCUCUGAGAGUGAGUGCUUUUAUAAAGUGCCAAAGUCUUAGUGCUUUGACAUUUGACAGGUCAAAUGUCAAUAAGAUGAAGAAAAUUGAUUCACAAAUUCUAGGUUAACAUCUAGUAGCACUUUAUAUCGAGGUGAUAAAGGGACUCUAUCAAUUAAAACAAAACAAGUUAAAAUAAGUGGUGGGAUCAAAAUCCAGAUUUUUUAUAAAAAAUUUGGUUUGAAUUCCACUAUUCAGAAAGGAUAUUGGAAAACUGGUAUUGGAAAGCAACCUUAGAAAAAAAUUAAGCCUUCCAUUUUUUUUGUGACACGAGCUAAAGUAAACAACUGAAACAUCCUCAAUGUGCUCCAUGGUCUGUGAUUGUAACCGAAUUCACAUGCUAGCAGUUAUUUUGGUUCAGCAUGAGAACUCUGGAGUGAUUUUGUAAAAGCUCAGUGGUCGUUGAAUUCCGCAAACAAUACCCAAUCAUCAUUGAGGGCAUUGCAUGUGGCACCUCACUCGUCACUUUUUGUUGGCAUGACUGUAAGGUGAAUGAGAAUUUCUGAUGAAAUCGGAUAUUCGUUUUCGGUUUGGAAAAAGUUAGGAUAACCAGAUUUUGAAAUCUCUGAUCUCUUCCACCACUGAUUAAAAAAAAACCUCUUUAUUGUUAUUAUCAUUAUCACUUGCAAAAGUUUUGGACUAAAAACAGUCACUGAAGAGUUGCAGUAAUAGAGUAAAAUAACAAUUUGAGUAUAGUGUGCUGCUUGUAAAGUGUAUGAAGAUGGAAGAGAUUUAGCAUAAAGUUUCUUGUGCUUGCAGAGUAUUGACUAGUCUAUGUAUUAGACCAUAGCGAAGAGCCACGGUCUAUGCUAUGUGAGCAGUUUCUCUGAUUAAUUACGCAAGACAAUCACCUCUUGACCUCUAGAUUUUGACAAAUCAGUGGGCACUUUCUGUAUCCGGUCUUCGGUUAUUCACCCAUUGUCGCGCUAUAAAAAACCUAGCCGCACCAAACAAAUGCUGUGGUCAUGUGCGAUAGGCGAUACAUGCCAAGCUUGGUUUUAUAGAUCUAUGCCCGGCCAUUGUUGUAUUACAAAGCACUGCAUUAUAAUUGAGCAAUAAAACAUUUAGUCCCAUGAAUGUAAUGGCGUCACGAUUUAGUAAAGCCGACUCCGAUUGGCUGAGGCGUGGGGUCACAUAAAUAUGCAUGCUUAGAUAUAUCAGACGUUAGACAGGAGACUGGGCUCCGAAAAAUUGAGCUCCGAAAAUGUUCCCCCACCCCCUCCACUACCCAAAAAUGUAAUAAUGGCAAGAUGUCUUACAUGUACCUUGAUAGAAACAAUGCAAACACAUUAGAAUGAUAAGUGUUUUGUAAUCCUUAAAGAAAUGUACAAUAAUGGGUUGAAAGUAACAUGCAUGUCUGUAGGGUUUUCUGGAGUGAAAAUAAAAGAUUUUCUGAGUUGUUGGUAGAGGACCUGUGUGGUUGUAUUAAAGUUCAGGUCCAAGUUCUCUCCAGCAAUUUAUUUCGUUUAUUCCCGGAGGAAAAUUUUGAAAAGUCAAGACGAGGUUUAAAUUUUAAAACAUGAUUUUGAAAUUAAAUGGUGCUAGACUUACUUGUUUGAUUGACCAAGAUCAUGAUACUAACAGGCUGUUUCUUGCAACCAAAACAGUCAAUUUUGGGGGGAAUUAUUUUCACAUUUGUCACAUGAAUGUAAUUACGGUACGUUGACCGAAUUCGUUUGUAUAUUUUGGUGAAAUGGAUUUUUGGUAACAUUGACAAAGAAUAAGGAUCCUACAGGGCUUAUUGUCUGUGAAGUCAAUCAUUGUCAAUGUAAUUCUGUCACAUUUAAGAUACACUGAAAAGUUCAGUGGAUACUUGAUUUCUUAUGAAAUGUGAAAUUUUAUAUUAACAAGGUAGUUUUGCAUUGUCUAGGAAGAAUUCAUCCGAAUUUCCAUUUUUUUAUUUUUGAAUUACCAAUGGUACAUAUGUACAAUGGUUCACUACUAAGGGUACAUAUUAUUGGAUACAAUUUCCGGGACAUCUUUGAAUUUCUGUGAGAAAAGACCCAAAAUAUUAUUGGGAAAAUUACACCUUUACACCUUGUUUUAAUCAUAACUUUUGCCAUUCUCUUAACUGCUAAAAACAACUCGAGUAUGAAAUGUAAACCAACAAAAUCUGGCAGGUUUAGACAAUAUAGAUUCAAUCCAAUAUACCCUUGUUUGAUCUUGCAGGAUUUGUUCAGUUAGAUCAUGCUCAGUAUUGCUCGAAGCCAGUCAUAGUGUAACCAAGGCAAUUGUUUCCGCUGAAUUGGUAAUAAUUUUUGACUUCACACCAGAAUUCUGGAUUGUACUUCUAUGUUUAAUAAAAUGCUGCCUUAAAAUUGUAUGAUUAAUCAUGCCAAAUAGUUUCUUAAGUUUUAUUUAGUAUUAUGUUUUCAUUUUUACUUGCACAUUUAGCGAAUGAAUUUCCUUGUGACUCUUGUCAGUUCCCUUUUUGGGGGGGAUAGUCUUCUUUUUUUUCAUUAUGAACCAAAUUUAUUAGAAACCAAAAUAUAUAUAAUAUAAAUAUAUUGUCAGUAAUCUCUAGUUACAGUUCCAGAUAACAAAAUUGAAAGAAUGAUUAAAUAUGACAUCUUAGACAAUUCUAGAUUGGUUCUGUUUCAUCGACGGUAGAUAACUUUCUGGUCCUUUUAAACAUCUUGGCGACGAUAUUAUUUUUCUUCACAAAUUAACUCCAUGUAGUCCGAAGGAAAUCACAAAAACAUGGCCAGUUUCUGAGAGCCGUCAGGGUCCAACUUUGAUGAGCACAAUUAAUUUCUGUAGUUAACUAUUACAAUAUUGUUAAAGAUUUUCUAAAUACAAACGUGCUAUAAAACAAUUAUUAUGUAUGAAUGAAACAGUGUUUUCCUCUUCUGUGAAUAUUAAAUCGUAAUUUUAAAACCGCA